UCGCGGGAGCUCCGGCGGCGCCGCCUGUCUCUGUGCGCGGCCGCGGCGGAACCAAUAAAGUUUGUUUCGAGAAAGCAGAAGGGAGGGGGAGGCUGCGCGCCGUCCGUUACCGGGGCUGCGGCCGCCCUCGCUGGGGAGCCGCGCUCAGCCGCUUGUGAGCACGGCCGGCCCCCUGCCCGGAGAGGCGGGGCGGCGACCGAGGGGCCCGGCGGCGGGGCGGCCGGGAGGAGUGGCGGGCCUCGCGGCUCGGGCGGGGGCAGCGGCGCGGGCGGCUCCCUGACGCGCCCUCCCCCGCGCUCGGGCCGCGCGCCGGCGUGAGGCGUUUCCAGACGGGCGCUGCCUGUGGGGGCGUCGCUGACGCGGGCCCUGCUCGUGCUGCCUCCCGGCAGCGCUGCCCGCCCGCCGCCGCCGGGAGCCCCUGGCGCGGGGCCGCGCCGCGCAGCUGCCAUGCCGAGCGCGGGGCAGACGCGGCUGCUGCACCUCGGCGAGAUGGAGAAGCUGGACAAGACCCUCUUCAGGCUGGAGCAAGGUUUUGAACUACAGUUCCGGCUGGGCCCAACUCUUCAAGGCAAGGACGUUACCGUGUAUACUAACUAUCCAGCUUCUGGAGAAGUGUUUGAUCGCCACAAGUUCAGGACAUUAUCGUGGCACAAUCCUACAGGAAAAGAAGAUGACUCUGACAAAUAUUGCAAACUGGAUCUCCAAAUUUCUGGGUCAUACCAGUAUUAUUUCAGUCUUGGAAAUGAGAAAAGUGGUGGAGGUUACAUAGUUGUGGAUCCUAUUUUGCGUGUUGGAGCUGAUAAUCAUGUGUUGCCUUUGGAUUGCGUUACACUCCAGACAUUCCUUGCUAAGUGUCUGGGACCAUUUCAUGAAUGGGAAGAUAGGCUUAAAGUUGCAAAAGAAACAGGUUACAAUAUGAUUCAUUUUACCCCACUUCAGAAACUUGGACUGUCUAGAUCAUGCUAUUCACUGGCUGAUCAGUUAGAAGUAAAUCCUGACUUUUCAAGCCAUAAUAAAAAGUGCACUUGGAGCGAUAUAGGAGCUCUUGUGGAAAAAAUGAAAAAUGAAUGGAAUAUGCUUUGCAUCACAGAUGUAGUCUACAAUCAUACUGCUGCUAACAGUGAAUGGCUCAGGAUGCAUCCAGAAUGUGGCUAUAAUCUCGUAAAUUCUCCUCACCUGAAGCCAGCUUGGGUCUUAGAUAGAGCUCUCUGGCACUUGACCUGUAUGGUGGCUGAAGGAAAGUGUAUUGAUAAAGGAGUCCCUCCUUUGCUUGAAAAUGAUCAUCACCUGAAUUGUAUCCGUAAAAUAAUCUGGGAAGAUAUAUAUCCAAAAAUUAAACUAUGGGAAUUUUUCCAAGUGGAUGUUAACAAAGCUGUGCAGCAAUUUAAAACCCUUCUAAUUCAAGGCAAAAUGAGCACUAAAUCUGAUCGAAAUCAACAUCUUCAAAUAGUUCAGGAUCCUAAUUAUAAACGACUUGGCUGUACUGUAGAUAUGGAUAUAGCAUUGGCAACUUUCAUACCGCACAGCAAUGGACCAGCUGCAAUAGAAGAGUGUUGUAACUGGUUUCGCAAGAGAAUUGAAGAACUGAAUGCUGAACAAUACAGACAAACUAAUCACCAUCAAGAGCAGGCUGUCAACUGCCUUGUGGGUUCUGUGGUUUAUGAACGACUGGCUGGUCAUGGUCCUAAACUGGGUCCUAUUACUAGAAAAUAUCCGUUAGUUACCAGAUAUUUUACUUAUCCAUUCAAAGAGCUGACUGUGGAGGAAGAAGAAACUAUGAUGCAUCAGCCAGAUAAGGCUUGUUAUUUCAUGGCCCAUAACGGCUGGGUAAUGGGAGAUGAUCCUCUUAAAAACUUUGCUGAACCAGGCUCAAAUGUUUAUUUGAGGAGAGAGCUUAUUUGUUGGGGAGACAGUGUGAAGCUGCGUUAUGGUGAAAAACCAGAAGAUUGUCCUUACCUCUGGGCACAUAUGAAAAAAUACACUGAAAUGACUGCCAAAUGUUUCCAUGGUGUUCGUCUUGACAACUGUCACUCAACACCUAUUCAUGUAGCUGAGGAGAUGCUAGCAACAGCCAGAUCAGUCAGACCAAAUCUUUAUGUGAUAGCUGAACUCUUCACGGGCAGUGAGUACAUUGACAAUAUCUUUGUCAACCGCCUGGGAAUUACCAGCUUGAUUAGAGAGGCAAUGACUGCUUAUAAUAGCCAUGAAGAGGGAAGAUUAGUUUAUCGUUUUGGAGGUGAACCUGUUGGCUCUUUUGUUCAGCCACGUUUGAGACCUUUGAUGCCAGCUAUUGCUCAUGCACUGUUUAUGGAUAUUACACAUGAUAAUGAAUGUCCAAUUCAGCACCGAUCUGCAUACGAUGCUCUUCCUAGUGCAAUGAUUGUUUCCAUGGCAUGCUGUGCUACAGGAAGCACCAAAGGCUAUGAUGAGCUAGUACCACACCAGAUUUCUGUAGUAUCUGAAGAGAGGUUUUAUUCAAAAUGGAAUCCAGCAGCACACCUGACUUCUGGUGAAGCUAAUUUCCAAACAGGAAUUUUGGCAGGAAAGCUGGCUAUAAACAGGCUGCAUCAGGAGCUGGGGGCUAAAGGCUUUAAUCAGGUGUAUGUGGAUCAAGUUGAUGAAGAUAUAGUGGCAGUGACAAGACACUGUCCUAACACACACCAGUCUGUUGUGGCUGUAAGUCGAACUGCUUUCAGAGAUCCUAAAACUUCCUUCUACAGUAGAGAAGUACCUGAAAUGUGUAUCCCAGGAAAAAUCGAGGAAGUAGUACUUGAGGCUAGAACUAUUGAGAGAAAUGCUAGUCCUUACAAAAAAGAUGAGCAUUUUAUAAAUGGAUUGCCUAAUUUCACAGUAGAACUCAGAGAACAUAUUCAGAUUAAAGACAGUAAAAUUAUAAAGCAAGCUGGAACUGCCAUAAAAGGGCCAAAUGAAUUUGUUCAAGAAAUAGAAUUUGAAAAUUUAACACCAGGAAGUGUAAUAGUGUUCAGAGUUAGUCUCGACCCAAAGGCACAAGAGGCUGUUGGUAUACUCCGCAAUCAUCUGAUCCAGUUCAGCCCUCAUUUUAAAUCUGGUAGUCUUCCUGAUGAUCGUUCGGCACCAAUAUUAACAACUCUAUUUUCUUCUAUUGCAUCUAAACUAACUUUGGCUGACCUAAAUCAAGUACUAUAUAGGUGUGAGGCAGAAGAACAAGAAGAUGGUGGAGGUUGCUAUAAUAUACCAAACUGGUCACCACUGAAGUAUGCUGGUCUCCAAGGGUUAAUGUCAGUGAUGGCAGACAUUAGACCAAAGAAUGAUUUGGGUCAUCCAUUUUGUGAUAAUUUAAGAUCUGGAGAUUGGAUGAUUGACUAUGUCAGUAAUCGUCUGAUUUCACGUGCAGGAGCCUGUGCGGAAGUGGGUAAGUGGUUGAAGGCCAUGUUUGUCUACUUAAAGAGAAUUCCACGUUACCUCAUCCCAUGUUACUUUGAUGCCAUAUUAGUGGGUGCAUACACAACGCUUCUGGAUGUGGCAUGGCAUCAGAUGUCUAGCUUUGUGCAGAAUGGAUCAACAUUUGUUAAACACCUCUCACUGGGUUCAGUCCAGAUGUGUGGGAUAGGAAAGUAUUCUUGCCUGCCAGACCUGUCGCCUUCCUUACAUGAUGUUCCCUGUAGGCUGAAUGAGAUUACAAAUGAGAAAGAACAGUGUUGUGCUUCCUUGGCAGCUGGUUUACCUCACUUUUCUUCUGGAAUUUUUCGCUCUUGGGGAAGGGAUACCUUUAUAGCACUGAGAGGUCUAAUGUUAAUUACUGGACGUUAUCUAGAAGCAAGAAACAUAAUUUUAGCAUUUGGUGGGACUUUAAGACAUGGUCUUAUUCCCAAUCUGCUCGGCCAGGGAACGCAUGCCAGAUUCAACUGUCGUGAUGCUGUAUGGUGGUGGCUUCAGUGUAUCCAGGAUUAUUGUAAAAUUGUUCCAAAUGGAUUAGACAUUCUCAGGUGUCCUGUUUCCAGGAUGUAUCCAAGAGAUGACUCUUCUCCUCAGCCUGCAGGCACUAUGGAUCAACCACUUUAUGAAGUAAUACAGGAAGCAAUGCAACGACACAUGGAAGGCAUAAAUUUCCGAGAAAGGAAUGCUGGUCCACAGAUAGAUCAAAACAUGAGAGAUGAAGGUUUUAAUGUAACGGCAGGUGUUGACCACGAAACUGGCUUUGUCUUUGGAGGGAGCCGCUUCAAUUGUGGCACCUGGAUGGAUAAAAUGGGAGAGAGUGACAGAGCUCGUAACAAAGGAAUACCUGCUACUCCAAGAGAUGGCUCUGCUGUGGAAAUUGUUGGUCUGUGCAAGUCAACUGUUCGCUGGUUGCAGGAUUUAGUUAAGAAAAAUGUGUUUCCGUACCAUGGAGUCACGAUAAAAAGACACGGGAAGGAGGAGACUAUCACAUAUGAUCAGUGGAACAGAAAAAUUCAAGGACACUUUGAAAGGUUGUUCUUUGUCUCUGAGAACCCAGCAGAUCCUAAUGAAAAACAUCCAAAUCUUGUUCACAAACGUGGAAUUUACAAAGACAGCUAUGGAGCUUCAAGUCCAUGGUGUGAUUACCAACUCAGGCCAAAUUUUACAAUAGCAAUGGUUGUGGCUCCUGAGCUGUUCACACCUCAGAAAGCUUGGAAAGCUCUGCAGAUAGCAGAGGAAAAACUACUUGGUCCAUUAGGCAUGAAAACUUUAGACCCAGAUGAUAUGGUUUACUGUGGAAUAUAUGAUAAUGCUCUUGACAAUGAUAACUACAAUGUAGCCAAAGGUUUUAAUUAUCACCAAGGACCUGAAUGGCUGUGGCCUAUUGGAUAUUUUCUUCGUGCCAAACUGUACUUCUCAAAGUUGAUUGGUCCAGAAAUUUAUGCAAAAACUGUACUUUUGAUUAAAAACGUUCUUUCUCGCCACUAUGUUCAUCUUGAAAGAUCAUCCUGGAAGGGGCUUCCAGAACUGACCAAUGAAAAUGGCCAGUACUGUCCUUUUAGCUGUGAAAGUCAGGCCUGGUCAAUUGCUGUUAUCCUUGAAGUUCUUCAUGACUUGUAAAAUUUGCUUUUGAUUUGCUUUGGUGAUACUUGCACAGUCUUCUCAUUAUGGGGCAUAAAUGAACACUUGGAUCACACUGCGAUGGAAGUGUUCUGUUCUGCACAAUCACUUAAGCUGUGUCCUAAGUUUUAAAGGUGCUGAAUGACAGCAGCUCCUAUGCACUAUACUUGUGCAUUUUUUUUGAUUUUGUUUUUUUGAGAAUCUAGCCAUAACAAUAAAAUAAGCUGCAGUGCACACUUCAUGCAGGAACUUUUAGAUAAGGGUAAUUUUAGGAAUAUUCACAAGCUUAUUUUAAGUAGCUUUGAUUUUUAGAGUUUCCAAAUUAAAAUCUUACAUGUAACAGUGGGUUGGUUUUUUCAUAGACUAAAAAUAUGAAAAACAGCUCUUUCAAGCUAACACUGGUGAUGGUCUUUUUCCUUUGUCUCUUCAAAAGUAAAGUGAUAUUUUGCGCACACUUGCUUAAAGGUGAGUAGACUAACCUAUAGCUCUGUGAUUUUAGUAUUCUUUGUGCUACAGCACCAUAGACUAAUGAAGGCAGAAUAUGUUUCUUGUUGAACUGUAUUGGGAGGGGGUUUUUGUAUGUGUUCAGUUGAAUGUUGCAUUUAGGUAACAACAAAAAUAAAGUUUAAGAAUACAGUAAUAAAGUAACCUUACACAGUCAUAUAUAAAAUUUUCAAGAAUUUUAAAAUACUUUGGGAGUUAUAACUCUUGAGCAAUGAUAAGGUAAUACCCCAUGCUCAUCAAUUUAUAAAUUUAUUUAAAUGUGGACCAUGCGGUCAAUUUAUUUCUUCAUUUAAAUCUGUCUUUUACCAUGAGGAAAUCAGAAGAAAUAUGCACAUGUGCAUAUGGAGGUCAUUGGGGGAGGUCAAAGGUCCAGAAGCCAGUGUUUUUGGCUUAACUUCAGUUAAUUUAUCAAAGACACAUGGCCACCUCAGCCCUUUAUCCAUAGUAAAACUCUGGCUCUGUUGAAGCAGGUGGAAAUAACUUUCUCGACUUCAGUAGGAAAAGGAAUUCACUUACCUCCACAGAGAAGAUGAGGUUUCUAGGCCUUCUGAACUUAGAUACUAAAUCUGUGUGUAGUUCUUUGGGAAUGGCACUCAGGUAAAAUAUGUAUGUUCUUUAAUAUUUAGAUACAUAUAUGCCCUUAUCUGACCUCAAUUCAGUGUUCCCGAACUGAAGGGUAGUUGAUGGAAGUGCAUUUUUAAUUCCUAACUCUAUUCAUAUGAAUCUUCCAUCUUAGAGCAACAAAUAGGAAGUGAGGCUGAAAAAUAACAUUUUCAGCAUCACAAUGGAGGGGGGAGAGGGAGAGCAGAAGUGACAGUGCAUUUCUUAAUGCUUAACAAUAUAUGCUGAAAAUAAAAAACCUGGCCUACCUGUUAUUAGUUUAUUAUAAUUAAAGCCUGGGUAUAUUUUAUUACAUCUAUAUUUUAAAAAUAUUCUUUACCCUGUUUAAAGUGCAGUGCAAGUGUGCUGUCUUAUUCAGGGAAAUGUGUUUUGGAUAUAUUUAAAAGCAAGUUAAUAGACUGAAGAUAGAAGAACUGUAAGAAGCAGCCACACACAAUUUAGAUGAAAGGUUAAUAAUAAACUUAAGUGUUUGAACUCUGUUGCUAAAGUGUUCAACACUUAAAAGUUACAGUUAAGGACAGUGCAUAUUUCACCUGAAGUUUUGAGGUGCUAUAGUAGAUGGCUUGGGAAACUUGCUUUCUUACUUGACAAGAAUGCAUGAGAUAUGUCAUUUGAUCAAAAACUUUACCGAAAUGUCAACAACAGAUUAUUAAAAAAAAAAAUAUAUAUAUAUAUAUAUGUUUUUUGUGCAUUAAAAAUAAAUGAACUGAACUUUCCCAAAUUCUUGAUAAUGAUAUUAAGGUUUAUGUCCCACUAUAUCACUAGUUACUGACUCUUUUCCUAGACAGUUAUUUCUAGUUUACUAUUUCAAGGUACAUUUUAUUGUUAAUGUGCUUUAGAAAUUGGGAAGAAUAUGGUAGAAGAAAUUGUUCUUACUUGUUUGAUGAAAAUAUUUUAAAUUUAAAGUGGAGCCAAAGAACUAUGACUAUUGAAAAAGAUUUCCACAAGAUGUCAACUUAUAUACACCAGCAAGAACACUCUUUCAUUGUUGAAAAAUAUCUGGGACAAAUUAUUCAUUAACAUCUCCCCACUUUAUCAUGGAUAACUUUUGAAAGCUUUGGAAACUGCAUAGUUGUUGCAGAGCGCAUAUUUGCCAUGGAUAGUAUGUUUUUCUAACCUAAUAACAUUUUAAAAGAGAAAUCACAUGUGUUUACACAAAUGCAUGUCAUGAAAUUUUUAAGCGUAUGCAUAUUUAUAAUGUUGCUUCUACACUGAUCAGCUGCACAGUUUUAGUGACAGAUAAAUGCUUAGUUGACUAGCAACAAAAAUAAGAUUUGAGGUUACAGCUGUUUGGAGUUUUUUUUUUCCUUGAUCACAAACCUAUUCAAUACUUUUAGUCAAGCUGUACAAUUUAAAAAUGAAGAGGGAGGAAAGCAGUGUUAGAUUUAACAUUUUACGAGAAGAUUUUCAUAUAGAUAAACUCUGUACCUGUCAUAAUCCCCUAAAAAUAGUUGACUACCUUGUGAAAUUUUGAUCCUGAACUGUAUUUUCAUUCAUUACUGUCAUUUAUAUUACACACUUGAAAAAUUACAGUAACAAAGUUAUAAUCAGUAAAAUAUUUUUGUAAGUAAACUAAAGAACUAAAUAAGAACUGUGGAUCCACUGUGUACCACUUGGUAUUUCUUGACCUGUAUGCACUCAAGACCUUUUUUUCCUCUCAGUUGAAACAGAUUUUAAUUGUUACCACUGUUUUUAUUCAGUAAAUAACUUAUUUAUUUAGAGAUCAUUAACUUGAGCAUACAAAUAAAAUGUAUCAUUCUAGCACUGCAUGUUGUAAUUUAAAAUACUGUUCCAUACUUGAAUUUUACACACCUCUGUCUAGCACAGUAACUACUGAUUUUAGAAACAGGUCACUUCCAUUUAUUUGUGAGCUGCACAAAAUAAAAUUCUUUUGUUCAAUCAGA